AUGCUGCCCCUAUUUUCCUUGUUUCCUAUAGCCUUCGCUGCCUUCGCCGAUGGCCAAAAUGUCUUCAUCGACGAAGUUUCGGCCUAUUCUAGUCUUCCUCGUUGUGCUGAAGUUCCAUUGAGCUUCAUCGUCCGAGAUAUGGCAUCCGGCUGUGGCGAUGGAAGCAAGACAAGUUCAUAUUCUUGCUUCUGCACCGCCAGCUCGUCCAAGAUGAAUAACGUCAUCAGCACUGCCGUGGCUUCACGAUGCUCCACCGGCCCUACAAGUGCAGCCGCCCAGGCUUUAGACGUCUUUUCCUCGUAUUGCAAUCUAGAGGGCUCUAACAGAAUUGACUGUGGCAUCAACUCCAUCGAUGUCCAUGCCAGUAGAGACAGCUCUCAGCCCAAUACCCUCAUCAAGUCUUGCGGCAAGAUGUGA